AUGGCCGAUAAGCGUAGCAACACUAUACUUGCUCGAUCAAACCAAAAUAGCUCGUUCGAUUACAGCAAAUCUGCCAGAACUGACCGAAGUGUCAGUUUAGCAAGAAAAAAGAAACAUAUUCGAGGUCCUCCAAUCUUUGAUAAUUUUUGCUGCCACUGUUCACUGUGUAAGAAUUUCUACAGAAAGAGUGUUCCAGAAAACUUAGCCAGGUUGAUUGUGGUGCCUUCAUUAAAUAGGACUGAACAAACAUUGUCUAUCAGAAAUCAGAAAUUACCUUUGCAGACGGUGCAUCAAGUGUGGGUACGACUAGGAGAUAGAGUAUUGGUAAAAGGAAACUUAACAGGCACAGUUAAAUAUAUAGGCCCAUUGGAUCAUGAGGUCAUUGCACCAAAGACAUAUAUCGGUGUACAGUUAGACGAACCAGUUGGUUUACAUAAUGGUAUUUACAAAGAUAAGAGAUACUUCACCACUCCUAGAGGGCAUGGAAUCAUGGUUAAAUAUGAAGAAGUCAGGAAAAUAAAACCUCCAACCAAAAGGCCUCCACUGACAGGGAAUACUAUGUUUCCAAGCUAUGAUGAAACUAAAGCCAGGAGGAGAUCACAUAGUGUUGGUGAAGUGAACAUUGAAACGAUAGAGCUGAGACCAAUGGGACAUGGCAGGGCGUCAACAGCUGUACCGUCUAGGAGAGUACAGCGAAUACGUCUUGUGGAUCCUAAAGAUCAGCCAUGGCAAUCCUUAUUGAAAUAUCGGACAACUAAAGAUGUAGACUGGGAUGCAAAGCGAAAAAAUCUACACUCACAUAGAGUUGGAGAUUUAUCACCAAAGCAAGUCAGAAGAAUUGCAAAGUGGAAGGAAGAAUUUGGAAAUGAUGAAAAAGCUGAAAAAAUGUCAGAGACGCUGAAAAAACUGUAUGUAGCACGAGAUAAAGGAAAGGUAGAGAUGAAGAAAGAACAGGAGGAAGAGAAAGCACUUGAAAAAGAACGAGAAAAACAGAAAGCCAAAGAAAAACCCAAAACAGUAAUUUAUGUACAUGAUUCUGAAGAUGACACAUAAAAAUUCACAAUCAAAGAAUUCAAAAUGUUGGUGCUAUUUCUUCAGUGUGGAUUCUAGUGUCUGCUUUCAGUAAAUUAUUAGUGCAAUGUACCUAGUACCUGCAAUCAACACAUGACAAUGUAUAAUAUAAAAUAUGUAUAAGAUGCCAUGGCUUCUAUUAUUUGGUACAAUGGAACA